UCUAGCUCCAUCCUAGGAAUAGGAGUGAUCUGGGUUUUUUGUUCUUGGAUUGUGACCUUGGACAAAUCACAUUGCAGUGGAGAAACUGAGGCAAAGGGAUAAUGAUACUUGCCUGCUUUUUGAAAAGCACUCAGAGUUGGAUGAAAAGUGUAAUACUAUACACCUCAUAUGACUAACUUGAAGAAAAGGAACUAACCAUGGGACGACAUUCAAGAUUCCUCUCUGGAAAGGGUUACUGUUGUCGCGCUCUUCUAUUUGGGUGAUGUGUAUCUGCUCAUCUGACUGUCUUCAUAUCUAAAGGAUUUAUUUUACUUUUGGAAGUACUUCAAGUCAAAUUUUUUUUUCCUUUUUGGAAACUGUUUCCUCAUACUAAGGACUGUAUACAUCAUGGGUGACAUGGCUAACAACUCAGUUGCAUACAGUGGUGUAAAAAACUCUGUAAAAGAAUCUAAUCAUGGAGAUUUUGGAAUCUCACUUGAAGAGCUCCGUGCCCUUAUGGAACUGCGAUCUACAGAUGCAGUGCAUAAAAUACAAGAAUGUUAUGGAGAUGUUUAUGCUAUCUGUACAAGAUUGAAAACUUCACCAAAUGAAGGUCUAAGUGGAAAUCCAGCAGAUAUAGAGAGAAGAGAAGCAGUGUUUGGGAAGAACUUUAUACCUCCUAAAAAGCCAAAAACAUUUCUUCAGUUAGUAUGGGAAGCACUACAGGAUGUUACCCUAAUUAUAUUAGAAAUUGCAGCCAUAAUAUCAUUGGGCCUUUCUUUUUACCAGCCUCCAGGAGGGAACGAAGCAGCAUGUGGAGCAGUGACUGUUGGUGAAGAAGAGGAGGAAGGUGAAACAGGUUGGAUUGAAGGAGCUGCAAUCCUUUUAUCUGUAGUUUGUGUGGUAUUGGUAACCGCUUUCAAUGACUGGAGUAAAGAGAAACAAUUUAGGGGGCUGCAGAGCCGCAUCGAACAAGAGCAGAAGUUCACUGUCAUCAGGGGUGGACAAGUCAUCCAGAUACCAGUAGCUGACAUAAUUGUUGGGGAUAUUGCGCAAGUAAAAUAUGGUGAUCUUCUGCCAGCUGAUGGUGUACUUAUUCAAGGAAAUGACCUUAAAAUUGAUGAAAGCUCAUUGACUGGAGAAUCAGAUCAGGUUAAGAAGACUUUGGAUAAAGAUCCUAUGCUGCUGUCAGGUACCCAUGUGAUGGAAGGCUCUGGAAGAAUGGUAGUUACUGCUGUAGGUGUGAACUCUCAAACUGGAAUUAUAUUUACCUUACUUGGGGCUGGAGGGGAUGAUGAAGAGAAAGAGAAGGACAAAAAGGACAAGAAAAGUAAAAAACAAGAUGGAGCUGUUGAGAACCGCAACAAAGCCAAAGCUCAAGAUGGUGCAGCCAUGGAAAUGCAACCCUUGAAGAGUGAAGAUGGUGGAGAUGGAGAUGAGAAAGACAAGAAGAGAGCAAAUAUGCCAAAGAAAGAAAAAUCAGUUCUACAAGGCAAACUUACAAAGCUAGCAGUUCAGAUUGGCAAAGCAGGUUUGUUGAUGUCUGCAAUCACAGUCAUUAUCCUUAUCUUGUAUUUUGUAAUUGAUACCUUCUGGGUUCAGAAGCGACCUUGGCUUGCUGAAUGCACACCAAUUUAUAUUCAAUACUUUGUGAAGUUCUUCAUUAUUGGAGUUACAGUCCUGGUGGUGGCAGUACCAGAAGGUCUUCCACUUGCGGUCACUAUUUCACUGGCUUACUCUGUAAAGAAAAUGAUGAAAGAUAAUAAUUUGGUGAGACACUUGGAUGCUUGUGAAACCAUGGGCAAUGCAACAGCCAUUUGCUCAGAUAAAACUGGAACAUUGACCAUGAACAGAAUGACAGUGGUGCAGGCUUUUGUCAGUGAAAAACAUUAUAAAAAAAUUCCAGAACCAGAUGCUAUUCCUGAGAAAACUCUGGCUCAUCUUGUAACAGGAAUUUCUGUUAAUUGUGCUUAUACUUCCAAAAUAUUGCCUCCUGAAAAAGAAGGUGGCCUACCACGUCAUGUUGGUAAUAAAACAGAAUGUGCCUUGCUGGGAUUGCUUCUGGAUUUAAAACGAGAUUAUCAGGAUGUAAGAAAUGAAAUACCAGAAGAGGCACUGUACAAAGUAUACACCUUCAACUCAGUCAGAAAAUCAAUGAGUACAGUGUUAAAAAAUUCUGAUGGCAGUUUUCGGAUAUUCAGCAAGGGUGCCUCUGAGAUAGUUCUUAAAAAGUGCUUCAAAAUAUUGAGUGCUAAUGGUGAACCAAAGGCAUUCAGACCUAGGGACCGUGAUGAUAUUAUAAAAACUGUGAUUGAACCUAUGGCCUCUGAGGGACUCAGAACUAUAUGUCUAGCAUUCAGAGACUUCCCAGCAGGAGAACCUGAGCCAGUGUGGGACAAUGAAAAUGAUAUUGUCACUGGUCUUACCUGCAUUGCUGUGGUAGGGAUUGAAGAUCCUGUGAGGCCUGAGGUACCAGAUGCAAUAAAAAAAUGCCAGCGUGCUGGUAUAACGGUGCGCAUGGUCACUGGUGACAACAUUAACACUGCUCGUGCUAUUGCUUCAAAAUGUGGCAUUUUGAAUCCGGGUGAGGACUUCAUAUGCUUAGAGGGCAAAGACUUCAACAGACGAAUACGUAAUGAAAAAGGAGAGAUAGAGCAAGAGCGAAUAGAUAAGAUUUGGCCAAAGCUUCGUGUGCUUGCAAGAUCUUCACCCACUGACAAACACACAUUGGUAAAAGGUAUAAUUGACAGCACUGUCUCAGAGCAGAGACAAGUUGUAGCUGUAACUGGAGAUGGCACUAAUGAUGGUCCAGCAUUGAAGAAAGCAGAUGUUGGCUUUGCCAUGGGUAUUGCUGGAACAGAUGUAGCUAAAGAAGCUUCUGAUAUUAUUCUCACAGAUGAUAACUUCACAAGCAUUGUUAAAGCAGUUAUGUGGGGACGAAAUGUUUAUGACAGUAUCUCCAAAUUUCUUCAGUUCCAGCUUACUGUCAAUGUCGUAGCAGUAAUUGUUGCGUUCACAGGAGCAUGUAUUACACAAGAUUCUCCACUUAAAGCUGUGCAGAUGUUGUGGGUAAAUCUCAUAAUGGACACAUUAGCAUCUCUUGCUUUGGCAACGGAACCACCUACUGAAUCUCUCUUGCUGCGGAAACCUUAUGGUAGAAAUAAACCUCUGAUCUCUCGCACGAUGAUGAAGAAUAUUUUGGGUCAUGCAGUCUAUCAACUUGUGGUAGUCUUUACACUCCUGUUUGCUGGUGAGAAAAUUUUUGAUAUUGAUAGUGGAAGAAAUGCACCUCUGCAUGCUCCCCCUUCAGAGCAUUACACUAUUGUUUUUAAUACAUUUGUGAUGAUGCAACUUUUUAAUGAAAUCAAUGCCCGAAAAAUCCAUGGUGAAAGAAAUGUUUUUGAAGGAAUCUUCAACAAUGCCAUCUUCUGUAUUAUUGUUCUGGGCACGUUUAUUGUGCAGAUAAUUAUUGUACAGUUUGGUGGGAAACCUUUCAGUUGUUCAGAACUUACAAUAGAACAAUGGCUAUGGUCCAUUUUCCUGGGAAUGGGAACACUACUCUGGGGCCAGCUGAUCUCAACAAUUCCAACCAGCCGUUUGAAAUUCCUUAAAGAAGCUGGGCAUGGAACACAGAAGGAGGAGAUUCCUGAAGAAGAAUUUUCAGAAGAUGUAGAAGAGAUUGAUCAUGCUGAAAGAGAACUGCGUCGUGGUCAGAUCUUGUGGUUUAGGGGCCUGAACAGGAUACAAACUCAGAUGGAUGUAGUGAAUGCUUUCCAGAGUGGAAGUACCAUUCAGGGGGCUCUAAGGCGGCAACCUUCCAUCGCCAGCCAGCAUCAUGAUAUCCGAGUGGUGAAUGCAUUUCGUAGUUCCUUAUAUGAAGGGUUAGAAAAACCUGAGACACGAAGUUCAAUUCACAAUUUUAUGACGCAUCCUGAGUUUAGAAUAGAAGAUUCUGAGCCUCAUAUUCCCCUUAUUGAUGAUACUGACGCUGAAGAUGAUGCUCCAACAAAACGCAACUCCACUCCUCCCCCGUCUCCCAACAAAAAUAACAAUGCGGUUGACAGUGGAAUUCACCUUACAACAGACAUGAACAAGUCUGCUACCUCUUCAUCCCCAGGGAGCCCACUACAUAGUUUGGAAACAUCACUCUGAUUGUAAGCUGAAUGUUAACACACUAGCUGCAUUGUAAAGAAACAAAUUGAAACUGGGUCUUUUCACACAUUGUGAUGGACAAGAUAAUAGUCUUGUCCUGGACUUCAACAGAAGACACACUUGUACGAAUGUAGAUUUAUUUUUUUAAAAAAGCUUUCUGCCAGACUUGAGGGUGUUUUGGGGUGUGGGGAUAAUAAUGAACUCUGACAGAUAAACGGUAACUCGGCAUAAGUGACCUGCGGAUCAUUAGUUGUACUUAAUGGUCCUGAACAGUGUGUUAGAACUUUAGUUUAUCUUGAUCCUUUUGAGGGGGGGGCUGGGAAGGGCAAAGAAGCCCUGGAUCAUUGAAUCGAUACUUACAUUUCUGCUGUUGGCUGUUAAUAAUUUGGAUUAUUUAUGUUUAUAAAUGAUACAGAUCUGUUUACAAGGUUUGUAGAUACUUUUUUGUUCCUGUUCUUAGAUGGGAAGCUUCCUUAUAAAUGAUGCAGAGAAAAAAAUUAGUCCUUCAAAUACUGCUGUAUUUUCAGGAAAAGGGUGUUUCUAUUGAAACUGUACUAAAUUUUGCCUGCAAUUUACUUUGUUAAAUAUUGUAGAUAAAUUGCUAAUACUAAUAGCCAAAUAGAUAACACUAAUGCUUUGUAAAAACAUGAGCAGUGGUGUUCUAAUGAAGUUAUGGCCUCUGUCCUAAUUAGUUUCUUAAAUACAUUUACUACUUAAUGGUUUUGAAACAACUGUUUAAUUUUUAAAAAUUUUGAGAAACUUACUGAAUAACUUUUUUUGUUCAGAAUUUAGUAGAGGAUUGUUUAAUGCGGGACAUCAAUAUGUGAUGGAACUUGCUUGAAAUACUUUUGUUAUCUCAGGCAAAAUGGAUUAAAUCAAAAUACAUCAGAACCUUAGUCCUUUUUGUUUUUGUCUAAACAUGUUAGCAUAGUGCUGUCUUGGUGAAUUGUGAGUGGAACUGUGUUGAUUUUUCUAAUAUAUAGAAUCCUUCAUACAGCAUGAGGGCUGUUGGCAUUUUGAAAGGUUGUUAGUAGGUAGCAUACCUGUUUUCCUUUUUGUUUUUGGAAUUUGUUUGUAAACAUGAAUAAAUCUGCCCUUUUAUUAAAAUAAAUAUGCAGCGAUGGUUUUUUACAGAUUUUUCUCAGCUUCAUUGGAAACAUUGAAAAGGUAGACUGCUUUAUAUUACUAGUAAAAUUAAACUACAAUUUCAAGAUGGUAACAGCCCCAUUUAAAAAGCACUUUUAUAAAUCAGAUGUUGGUGACUGCCCUACAGAAUGGAUGCAAGUUAAGGCACUCAAAAAAAUCUUCAUUGAGUCAAAUGGAUACUUCUGGUUGACUGAUUGUGGCUGAAAAAUUUAUCUCAGGGUGAAAAGACGUAAUGUGAAUAGUAAAUGUCUUUUUUUUUCAUUUAUAUAACUUACUGUAUUAAACCCUUCAAAAUCUGAAUAAAAUCAGGUUAGCUCACAUGGGGUAGCUGACAAGUUGUUUGCAUGUUCUUAGUUAAGCAAUAGUUUCUGGCACCAAAAAAUUACCUGCUAGCAACUGGGUGAAUAAGUCACAUUGUCUCCACCAAUUGGAUUAUUGUUCUACCAAACAUUCCCCCACCCCAGAAUCCCAUUCUUCCAUAGCUUUCCUCUUCUGCAUGUAACUUUUUCACCUUUACCUGUCUCCUAGUUUUGUUUUUAGCCAGUGGAACUAAUUCAGGGUGAGUGUCCUGAUGAUAUUCACUAGCUCAGAUAAGUAGUCCAGAUAUAGACAUGGUUGACUGGGGGAGACUGCCUACAUCCCUAAAGAUAGUGUUUUCCUUUCUGAGCUAUGGCAGCAGGUACCAUCAGGGUUCAAACUAUUAAAUCAGUUUAGUGAGCUGUUGUAGAUUUUCAUAGGCACAGCACUAGCCACACAAGGGAUCCUGGUGUAUGUCUGAACCCUGAAGGUAGACACCAGUUGCCCACAUGGUAGAGGAGUGCAUAAACGACUUGAAGGAAUCAGGCUAGUAAUGACAGGAAAGAGGAGUGGGGGUGGGGAUCUAAAAACUCAAGAUGCAGAAGAAACUGGGUUAAAAGGCAUUAGACUUAGAGUGAGAAGACUGCUCUCUUUUAUGGGUGUGAUCUCUAUAAACUCUCUGGAGUUCUUGGGAAAACAAUGAAAAUAUUGCUUGUUUAAAACUGAAAAAAUUAGUGGGGGCAAUCAUUCUUGGGGUUUCAAGCACUGUAUCCCACUGUCAACCACUCUUUAAGCCUUCCGAGAUUUUUUUUCUGUUAUGCCCAUAGACUUGGAAAGAAGGAGGCUUCCUUUCUAGGUACAGGAUAUUUGUAUUUAACACUUUUAUAUGACAACUUCUCCCAGAGCUUCUUAGAAUACUGAUGUAACUGGGAAAAAAAGUUAAGUUAGGAACUAGGUAGAGUUUUGACUUCAAAUAGGCUCAGAUGUUCUCCCUACCUAGUUCAGAAUAACUUCCUCAAUAAAUGAUAGCUUUAAAAUGGAAGGAAGCUGUUUAAGUCUUUUCUUAAAAUGACCCUGCCCAGUGCAAUUGAAUUUGCAUGCUAACUUUUACCUUUAAUUUAAAAUUAACCCCUCUGCCCGUCCUAAUGGUGGUCAUGAUUCCAUUAUACCUUUAAAAAAACUGAAUUAUACACUUAAGCAGUUGGGGGAAACAUAAAAAUGUGUAGGCUUUGUGCACAAAUGAUUCCUUCUGAUCAUGUUGACAUGCAGUACAUUGACUUUGCCUCAUAGCAAGUGUAAGUGAAACCUGAAAUUAGGAAUACUUGUUUAAAAAGGGAAAUGCUUUCUCUCUUGUUGUGAUCUCAACAAACCAUGACAUGUUGUUGUUAAGCUUAUAAAAAUAAUUAUCACUUUUAGCUGCUGAGCCCUUUAUUACCUUUCUGGUUGUAAGGUUUACUUGUCUUGCUCAUUGUAACACAAAUAAAUAAAUGUGCUGUUCAUCUCCAGUCUGAUUGGGGACUGAUUUGAAUGUAAUACAGUACAGUUUAAGAUUUUGAAAAUGGAUAGUUAAUGCUACUACUGUAAUCACUUUGCUCCUGAAAUGUUACAACUUAUCUCAAUACUGAGUUUGUUACAUGCUGUAAAAUGUGUACUGUACUAUGAUCAUGCAACAUUGACUUUUUCUAUUUGUACUGAAUUAACAUUUUAGCCAGAAGAAUGGUUUAAUAUAAAUCUUGUUUACAAAA